GAGAAAGAGAGUAGCCACCAAGUGAGAGAGAAGAGGAAAAAACAGAAUUCUUGUUUUUGCCCAAAACAGUAAAUUUCAAAUGGCAUUUUCUUAUUUGUUCACCGUUGGAUCGGCUUGAAAUUUUAACUGCGUGUUCCUAUCAUCUUGUUCUUCAUUCUGGUCGGUGAAGAUGUGGAUUGAAGGUUUGCAGUGAGAGAAAUUGGCUUCGCAAGAGAGAAAUUAGGUUUUCCGUUUUUACAUAGAGCAGCAAUCUUUGAAUGGCGAUUUCUUAUUCUUUCACCGUUGGAUCGACAUGAAAUUUGGACUGUAUAUUCUUCACAUUUUUUUAUUCAUUUUGAACGGUGAAGAUUUUAAUUGGAGGUCUGCAGAUGGAGAAAUUGGCUUCGACAGCAGCUCUGUUUUUUUUGGUGGAGCUAUUUCAUUGGUCUGGACGACCCGUGGUUUUUACCUCUCACAUUGAGAGGGUUUUCCACAUUAAAAUCUCGGGGACGCAAUGCAAGAUUAAGGGCACGGUGGUGCUGAUGCGCAAGAACGUCCUAGACAUCAACUCCCUUACCAGCGCUCAGGGACUCAUCGGCCAAGGCCUCGGCCUUGUCGGCUCAACCAUCGAUAAUCUCACUGCCUUCUUGGCCGUCUCCCUCCACCUCAUUAGUGCCACCAAACCAGAUAGUUAUAUUGCUCUCUUUUAUUUCUUUUAG